AAUUUUGGCUUGUUCUCUUUUCUUCUUUUUCUUUCUCUGUUUUUUUUCUCUUGAAUAUUGGGUUUCGUUCUAUAUAGUACUAAAAUACACACUAUAUUUAUGAUUUUCUUGAAUUGAGAUGAAUCGACAAGAAAUUCCACCGCCUCUAAAGUUAUUAAGGCCCAGUCAAUCAAGCGUUCGAUAUUCAUUGAAAGUUGUACAAAAUCCUUUAAGGGCAAGAUGUUGUGGAUUUGGUCAGAAAGAUCGUAGACCUAUUGAUCCUCCACCUAUUGUUCAACUAUGUGCAAAGAAUGAAUAUGGCCUAGACAUUAAUCUUAAACCUGAGGACUCCAUUUUAUUUUUAGCUCAAUGUGAACUUUAUGACGCUGAUAUGAAAGAGAACAGAACCAUGGUAGUCAAACCAAGCUCUCUUUCAAAAAAUACCAACAAAAAACCUGAAAUUAUGCGAAACUUGAUAGGUUCUUCAGUCUCAAAUGCUUAUCAUCUGUAUAAUGAUCAGGGCAAACCUGGGACAUAUUUUGUAUUUCAUGAUUUAAGUGUUCGUACAGAAGGUAUUUUUAGACUAAAAUUUGUUUUUGUCAACCUUGCAGCGGGUGAACCAUUGACUAUGAGCACAUAUGUUCAAGAAGAAGUUUUUUCAGCUUGCUUUACGGUAUAUCCAGUGAAAAAGUUCCCUGGUUUGACUGAAUCGACACGUCUUUCUCGUUGUUUCUCAAAGCAAGGUAUUAAAAUACCGAUUAGAAGUGAAACUCCAAGCAAGCGAUCAUUAUCACUCAAUACUUCUGAGGAAGCUUCCGGCAGCAAUAGCAAUGACACAAAAGAGCAACAAGUAGCAGAAGGGGAGGGUAGACAAGAAGAGAAGGAAGAAGAGACAGAAAGAACACCUAGUUUUACUCGUCUGUCUAUUUCGGAUUUCCUGUUACCAAAUUGAAAAAUACUGGUUCUUUUGCACCACAAUAAAAAAAAUAUGUCUUUAGCCC